AUGUUGCAAUACAUUAGGAGGCAACAAGCGAAGAAGCUAGCGACUGGUGCUUCUCAGGAGGAUCUUGACGCUUUGUUACGCUUCCCAGAGCCCAUUCCUCCAGCCGCGCCGCUCUCCCCACAAGCUGUUCUGAAAAGCUCUCAAGCUCAAUACCUUUCGAACUAUGAGCGCAAGGAGAUUUUCGAUCACCCAUCGGUCUAUUACAUUGGUGCUCACAGUGACAAAAAACCAGCCACUGUCGAUAACUCUACGAACAAUCAUGGAUAUGACGAUGAGCGUGGUGACUAUCUUGUCGUCAAUCGUGACCACCUGGCAUACCGUUAUGAAGUCAUCGAUACAUUGGGCAAGGGAUCUUUCGGACAGGUGCUGCAUUGUCGCGACCACUGCACUGGUGAAUCUGUAGCCAUCAAGAUCAUCCGAAACAAGAAGCGGUUCCACCACCAAGCCCUCGUAGAGAUCAAGAUCUUGGAUAGCCUCCGCAAAUGGGACGAGGAUGAGAAGCAUCAUGUUAUAAAAAUGACUGAACACUUCUACUUCCGCAACCAUCUGUGCAUUGCCAUGGAAUUGCUCAGCAUCAAUCUCUACGAGUUGAUCAAGGCCAACGGCUUUGUCGGGUUCACCACGGGACUCAUUCGUCGUUUCACAAGCCAAAUGUUGCAGUCACUCUCGCUGAUGCGGCAUCAUCGUAUUGUUCACUGUGACUUGAAGCCCGAAAACGUUCUCCUCCGGCAUCCUGCCAAGAGCGCCAUCAAGGUCAUUGACUUUGGUAGCAGCUGCUUCGAGCACGAGAAGAUCUACACCUACAUACAAAGUCGGUUUUAUCGAUCUCCUGAAGUCAUUCUGGGCAUGAACUACCAUAUGGCCAUCGACAUGUGGAGUCUGGGUUGCAUCAUGGCCGAGCUUUAUACAGGGUUCCCUAUCUUCCCCGGAGAGAACGAGCAAGAACAGCUCUCUUGUAUCAUGGAAGUCCUUGGUGUGCCGGACAAAGACUUCGUCAACCGCAGUUCACGCAAGAGGCUCUUCUUUGAUACCACUGGUGCUCCUCGGCCGGUAGUCAACUCCAAGGGGAAGAGACGAAGACCUGGCUCUAAAAGUCUGGCCCAAGUUUUACGGUGCGACGAUGAACUAUUCAUCGAUUUCAUCUCGAAGUGUCUGGUCUGGGACCCGGAGCGACGAGUGAAGCCCCAAGCGGCGUUACGACAUCCUUUCAUCACCGCCGGCCGGCGUGCCAAAAUCGCCAGUCCAACUCCCGGUACAGCAAAGGCGUUACUGACCUCGACCUCAAACUUUGCUUCUCGGACGAGCAAGGUCACCGAGACACCAAAGAAGUCUAUGAUCAGUGCCCCUACUCCCCUGACAGCCCGUACCACCCGCACGAAUGGCACUGUCCCCAACACGCCAAGUGGAUCGAGUUCGGUUCAUUCUACUCUGGGUUCAUCACGAACAUACAGAACGUCGCAAGCACAGUCGUUGUCGUCCUAUCACUCUAAUCGGACAAUGGCCGCGAAAUGAUCAUGCCCUGAUGUUGCUUUGCCCUCACGAACCCUAUCCGCUUUUCUCCGUAGAACCUGCUCCCUAUCUGCACAUUACAUUACAUAGCACGCUGACAACUUCCAAGCUGGUCUGGUCUUAUCCCACAUUGCUGCAUACCCCAGGUUCUCUGUAUUUUAUCAGCACCCCAUCGCUUUGAUCUGCUCGCUCGUGACACUGGUCGUGCCUACUGUUGUUAAUUGACCACCGUAUACGUACUCGCAUCACAAUUCUGCAUACCAAUACAGCUGGAUUCAAUGCCGCUCAUUGGGGUUCUGGACGUGAUACUUGUACAGACUACCCUGGAAGCAAGAAAGCAUAUUUACUUUACUCCAUUCAU